GAGCUUCCCGAGCGUUCCUGCCUGUCUUUUUCGGCCCCGUGCAUGAUUAGCCUUCGAAGUCGUAGCUGAGUAUUUUUUAGUCGCCGGUGGCGGAGAAGAAGCGCCCUCCGUGCUGGAUUAGCGUCUUUUCUUUAAUGGGUCUGGCCCCCCCUCCCCCCCUUUUUUGUUCUGUGCGAGUCCGAGCUUUGGAAUCUUCUUGGUGGUCUUAGGACAUUAAUUUAAGGAUAGCAACUUUGGCUGGCUUGCCGAAAUUCCAAGAGUGGUUCGGUGGGUUUCUUGGAGCAGAGAUGUGUCCUGCGGGGGGAAGUGGGGUUGACCUAGAUUUGCCGUCUGAGCGCCGGAGGUAAUGUGCAUUGGGUUCGGAACGAGACUCGGGCAUCUGGUGAAGAAGGGGUGGUAGGAGUCUGUGAGUGGAGUUGCUUGGUGGGCAUUUUGAGUUUGUUGGAUUUGCUGGUAAAUUUGGUAGAGUUCUGCUUGUCUAGUAAGUGAGUUUAUGCCUUUUCUGGAGCUGCUCUGUGGCUGGAAAAGGGUCUCCGGAGAAGCUGCAUUUCCUGGGUGGUUUUUUUAUUUGGGAGCGGUGUUGAGGACAGAUUCUUGUGGGGUACAGCACAGAUUGGGUUUACACUGAUUGGUAUAGGGAUUUGGAUUUGUUGGGAGAAAUGGCCUGCGUGAAGUUGGGAUCCAAAAGUGAUGCAUUCCAACGCCAAGGGCAGGCUUGGUUCUGCACAACUGGCCUUCCUAGCGAUCUUGUUGUUGAGGUUGGAGAAAUGUCCUUUCAUCUUCACAAGUUUCCACUGCUCUCUAGAAGUGCGGUCAUGGAAAGAAUGAUUACAGAGGCAUCUGAAGAGGGGGAAGAAAAAUGUUCCCUAGUCCUUUCGGAUAUUCCUGGUGGUGCCAAGACAUUCGAACUUAUAGCUAAAUUCUGUUACGGGAUGAAACUUGAACUUACUGCCUCGAAUGUCGUGCACCUCAGAUGUGCAGCCGAGCAUCUUGAAAUGACCGAGGAGCUUGGGGAGGGUAAUCUUAUUAUGAAGACUGACAAUUUCCUUAACCAAGUAGUCCUUAGAAGCUGGAAAGAUUCCCUAAAGGCACUCCUGACCUGUGUUGAUCUUAUUUCUUAUGCUGACGAACUCAACAUCACUAAACGCUGCAUUGAGUCACUGGCCAUCAAAGCAUCGACUGACCCUAAUCUAUUUGGAUGGCCUAUCAUGGAGCAUGGCGGACCUUUGCAGAGUCCAGGUGGCGGUCUUUUAUGGAACGGGAUAAGCACUGGCGCGAGGCCUAAGAAUCUAAGUUCAGAUUGGUGGUACGAGGAUGUGACGGUUUUGAGUUUUGCUCUGUACAAAAUGUUGAUUUCAGUAAUGGAAUCUCGUGGCAUCAAACCAGAAAUAAUCGCCGGAUCACUUUCUUUCUAUGCCAAAAAGUACCUCCCUGGCCUGAACAGGCGUCGGGGUAUUACCGAGUCUAGUUCUAACCUGUCUGCUGUUGGUCCGGCGGCUCUACCUUCCGAAGUGGACCAGAAGAGCUUAGUGGAAGAUAUUGAUCGGUUACUUCCUAUGCAGAAAAGCCUAGUAUCAACUAAGUUCUUGUUUGGUCUACUCCGAACCGGUGUGAUUCUUCAAGUAAGCCCCUCUUGCGUAUCAAAUUUGGAGAGAAGAAUCGGGAUGCAGCUUGAUGAAGCUACUCUUGAAGAUCUUUUAAUGCCCAAUCUAUGUCAUUCGACAGAGACACUCUAUAACGUGGACUGCGUGCAGCGGAUUCUUGAACACUUCCUCGUCAUGGAUCAAGCUACUGGUGGGGCCUCUCCAUGUUCGGAGGACAAUGGCGAGCUGAUUGGAUCGCCUUCACUGACUCCUAUUACAAUUGUCGCGAAACUUAUCGAUGGCUAUCUCGCAGAGGUUGCCCCUGACAUUAACUUGAAGCUCCCCAAGUUCCAGGCUCUUGCUGCUGCUGUUCCUGAUUUUGCCAGACCCUUAGAUGAUGGUCUUUAUCGUGCAAUAGAUAUCUACCUCAAGUCACAUCCAUGGCUAGCAGAGUCCGAUAAGGAGGAACUUUGCAGGCUGAUGGACUGCCAGAAGUUGUCCCUUGAAGCUUGCACUCACGCCGCACAGAAUGAAAGGUUGCCUUUAAGAAUAGUGGUCCAAGUACUAUUCUUCGAGCAGCUUCAGCUUAGGACUUCGAUCGCCGGGUGCUUUUUAGUAUCAGAAAAUCUUGAGGGAUCAAGGCAGUUGAGGGGUGGGUUUGGUGGGCCAGCCGAAGGAGGGUGGGAUACAGCCGUGAGCGAAAACCAGGUCCUGAAAAUCGGGAUGGACAGCAUGAGAAUGCGGGUGUUUGAGCUCGAGAAGGAAUGCUCUGAGAUGAAACGGGAGAUCGAGAAGUUGGGUCAGGCGAAGAGUUCAAGCAUGUGGACGAAGAAAUUCGGGUUCAAGAUAAAGUCUCAGAUGUGCAGCGCCGAAGAGAAAUCUGUCAGCCGGAACAAUGGAAAUUCAACCGGUAAGAUCGAGAAGCUGAAGGAAAGGCGUGGUUAACACAAGAAAAACUUAUCUUUGGACGGAUAAAGACCCUUUGCUUUCGUUACAGCCUUUUCCCAUAAAAUUCUUGCCUUUGGUUGUUCCACUUCAAUCAAUUUUACAUGGUUUAUCUAAAGCUCAAUCUCCUCAACAGUGUACCAGAUUUGACAACUUUGCUCAUUUGUAGCCUUCCCAUACUCGCUAUGUAUUGAACAUAGCAAGAAACUUCGCCAUUCAAAUUGCGCCCAUGGGCAGAUAAAUCCGUGCUUUUUGGUAUGUUUAUCUAUCCUAAUGCCUGUUAAUGCAACUCUCCCAUCUUCCUCAGGCUUCUA